UUUAAAAGUCCUAAUCACAGCUACCAUAGCUCGAGCAUGUUUGUACUGCACUGUCGACGGUCUCUAAAGCUAGUCUCGCCUCCACCUGUACGCUUCUCACCUGUUUUGUAUUUUGCUAAAUACACUAAAAUUAUCCAGAAGAAGCUGAGGUCCUCGGUGGUGGAGCCAGAGGCUUCCAGCCUCCCUCUUGCUCCUCUGUCCCCGGAGCAGCUUGACCGGAUAGCCCGCAACAAGAGAGCAGCGCUGGAGAGACUCCACGCUUCCGCUCACACACCUCCAGGGUUUGGGAGAAGCUGGCGAGAGGGACUGUCUGAAGAAUUUGGAAAGCCCUACUUUAAAAAAUUGAUGGAUUUUGUUUCUGAAGAGAGGAAACACCACACUGUGUACCCACCUGCUGAACAUGUCUUCACCUGGACUCAGAUGUGUGACAUCCCAGAUGUGAAAGUGGUGAUUCUUGGCCAGGAUCCAUAUCAUGGUCCUAACCAAGCCCAUGGGUUGUGCUUUAGUGUCAAAAGACCAGUGCCUCCUCCACCCAGUUUGGGGAACAUGUACAAAGAGCUGGUGACGGACAUUGAGGGCUUUCAGCACCCUGGACACGGAGAUCUGACUGGAUGGUCCAAACAAGGUGUGUUGCUGCUCAACGCGGUAUUGACCGUCCGAGCGCACCAGGCCAACUCCCACAAAGACCGAGGCUGGGAGACCUUCACCGACGCUGUGGUGCACUGGCUCAGCAACAACCUGGAAGGCCUCGUCUUCAUGCUGUGGGGAUCAUAUGCUCAGAAGAAGGGAGCCGCUAUUAACAGGAAACGCCACCACGUCCUGCAGGCUGUGCAUCCUUCUCCCUUGUCUGCUCAUAGAGGAUUUUUUGGGUGCAGGCAUUUCUCAAAGGCCAACGAGCUGCUAAUUAAAUCCGGAAAGUCUCCCGUAAACUGGAAGGCACUUUAAGUUGUUAUUCAUGUUUUCUAACAUGCAUGUUGGCUAACUACAGACCAAAACCCACCCAUAAGCUUUACUUUCCUGUUUAAUUCAUGUUCAUGUUGGCAGUUUAAACUGUUGUUUUGUGCUAUACACUGAAUUUUCUUAAAUGCCUUUUCUCAAA